AUGGCAGCUUGGCGCACUUUUGUCCUUCAAAGUGACACGGGCGUUCGCAGUGUGCAACCGUCGACCUCCUCCUCCUUCGGAGUAAAUCGCAUCCUUCCCGCGACGAAACCUGACUCCAAACCCUGCGACCUUUCUCCUUGGAGCUCCACAAUCACCCCCACCAUCACGGACAAAAACGGAGGCAGUCGAACAGAAACCCGACAUUCAUCCAGCUCCGACCUCUCUCCGACCGACAGCCUGCCCUCUUCUAUAGCGCCCUCGCCGCCAGUUGCCGAGGACAUGUCGUUCUCCCCAAUCGCCUCUUCGACUGCGAAGCGCUAUCGCAAAGCUCGUGUAUACUUCCAGCCGAAGGAUCUAUCAAUUCUAGAAAACUUUUAUAAAAAGAAAAGCUACCUUUCAGGGCGCGAAAGGGAGAUUCUGGCUCAGCAGUUGGGUAUAACGGAGGACAGGGUAUGA